CGAGGAUCCUUUUCCUUACGUUACCACCUCAUUUUCUAAAAUGAUGACUCUUGGUUUGGUUUAAUUGACCGUUGAUUUUGAUGCUUUAGACUCUUGACAAGUAUAUAGUGCUUCUUCAAUCUUCUUAAAUUCUGUUUGGACUUCUUGAAGUUUUUUGUUCUUGAUUAGAAUGGAUAUUACUACUCUAAACUACGAUUAUGGGGAAGAUAAAUGGUUCUUGAAAACCGAAAAAGAAUGAAGAUUUUCUCAGUUGCAGUGGAGGAAGGAAGAGAAGGCAAGGAUGGCAAGCCUUCACUCGGUCCAGUGUACCGUAAUUUACUCGCCCAAAAUGAUUUUCCUCCGCUUGAUCGCCAAAUUAAUUCAUCUUGGGACCUCUUUAGUCUAUCUGUCCAGAAGUAUCCUGGAAAUCGAAUGCUUGGAUGGCGUAAAAUGGUUGAUGGGAAGCCAGGGCCUUACACUUGGAAAACAUACAAGGAGGUUUAUGACGAAGUUCUGGAUGUUGGUUCUGCAUUGCGAUUAUCCGGUGUUGAACCUGGUUCCCGGGUUGGGAUUUAUGGUGCAAAUUGUCCUCAGUGGAUUAUGGCAAUGGAGGCUUGUAAUGCUCACAGUUUGAUUUGCGUGCCUCUCUACGAUACCCUUGGUCCAGGAGCUGUAAACUUUAUUAUAGAUCACGCAGAGCUUGACGUUGUUUUUGUCCAAGAUAAGAAAGUGAAAGAACUACUGAAACCUGAUUCUACAUCUUCUAAACGAAUAAAAGUUAUGGUCUGCUUCAGUUCAAUGACGGAUGAAGAGAAGAACAAAUCAGUGCAGAUUGGGAUAAAACCGUACUCAUGGAAUGAGUUCACGGAGAUGGGUAAACAAAAUCCGUCGGAGAUUGUUCCACCAACGACAGAUAAUAUUGCUGGCAUUAUGUACACAAGCGGCACCAGCGGAGAUCCUAAAGGAGUUGUGAUAACACAUGAAAAUGUUGCAUAUGGAGUGAGAGGGAUUGAUCUCUUUAUGGAACAAUUUGAAGACAAGAUGACAGGGGAUGAUGUCUAUCUAUCUUUCCUUCCCUUGGCUCAUAUCCUCGACCGCGUGAUUGAGGAGUAUUUUUUCCGCAAUGGUGCUGCUGUUGGCUAUUAUCAUGGGGAUCUUAAUGCACUGAGGGAUGACAUGGUGGAGUUAAAGCCAACGCUUCUUGCUGGGGUACCUCGAGUUUUUGAAAUACAUGAAGGUAUAAAGAAAGCAGUGCUAGAGCUUAAUCCAAGAAGAAGGAAGAUUUUUGACAUUCUAUACAAAUACAAACUUGCUUGGAUGAAUAGGGGGUAUAAAAACAAAUACGCAUCGCCCAUAGCGGAUCUGUUGGCCUUCAGAAAGGUCAAAGCUAGGUUGGGUGGUCAACUUCGACUUAUAAUAUCUGGAGGUGCACCCUUGAGCUCUGAGAUCGAAGAAUUCUUGCGAGUUACCUGCUGCGCAUUCGUAGUCACAGGCUAUGGGUUGACAGAAACUAUCGGACCGACAACUCUCGGCUUUCCUGACGAAAUGUGCAUGGUUGGUGCUGUUGGCACCGUAUCUGUAUACAAUGAGAUGCGCCUGGAGGAGGUUCCGGAAAUGGGCUACAAUCCACUUGGGGAUCAUCCGUGUGGUGAGAUAUGUGUGAGAGGGAAGACUGUUUUUGCUGGCUACUACAAAAAUCCUGAAUUAACAAGAGAGGCCAUCAAAGAUGGCUGGUUCCACACAGGUGACAUAGGGGAAAUACUUCCGAACGGAGUCAUCAAGGUUAUCGAUAGGAAGAAGAAUCUUAUCAAACUCUCACAAGGAGAGUAUGUUGCACUUGAGUACUUGGAAAAUGUUUAUGGCGUUGCUUCUAUUAUUGAAGAUAUUUGGGUCUACGGAAACAGCUUCAAGUCGAUGAUUGUUGCAGUGGUGGUACCGGAAGAAGAGACCGCCAAGAAGUGGGCUUAUUUGAACGGUCACAUGGGUUCCUUUUCGGAUCUUUGUUCUCUUGAUCAGCUAAAAGAUCACAUUAUGGCUGAGCUUAAGUUAAUAGCUGAGAGGAACAAGCUGAGUGGCUUUCAAUACAUCAAGGGAAUCAUCAUAGAACCUCGGCCCUUCGACAUGGAAAGAGACUUGGUGACUGCAACAUUGAAGAAGAAACGAAAUCACUUGCUCAAGUAUUACCAGGUUCAAAUUGAUCAACUCUACAAUACCCUGGAUGGAAGAAAAUUUAGUAAUUAACGUCGUAGACUUGUUGAAAUCAGUAGGGUGGCAUAUGUGUGGCGGUUCUCCGAGUGUCAUCAUCACCAGUAUAACAUAGGAGCUCCAUAUAUAUAUAUAGAUGUGUGUGUGUGUGUGUGUGUAUGUGUGUAUGUGUGUUUAUGUAUUAUGUAUGCAUACCGAACUGCUGAUGGCAUUUUAAUAAGUUUUAAUCCUGUUGUGUUAGAGUGAUAAUUAAUUUUUUUUUAAUAAAGGAAAACUAAUGAAAAGAGCUUGAAAA